GAUUAUUGUGAGGAGUUACAUGAACACACAGUUCCAAAGUGCUUUAAAUUUACAUUGAAUGAGGAUGGAAAAGCAGUUAUGCACUACAGAAAUUGGAGCCAUGAGCCAUGGAAAGAGCCCAUUGCAAUGCUGAAGAGUUUACCCUCUGGAAAGCCAAAUACUGUGACUCCUUCCCUACAUAAACUGGACAUGGAGGGAUUGAAGAGAGAUAUUCCCACCAAAUAUCCCAAGAAUAUGCCCUUAAAAGCAUCUGAAGAGUGGGAAUCCUGGUUAGCAAUACAGAGUUUAAUCUAUUAUCAGUACCUGACAACUACACUUGGCCAGUGGAUAAAUAUUUACACAGGCCGUUACAGGACCCCGAGGGAAAGGGAAGCGCCUAUUGAAAUGGUAGACGAUUUCCUCGCUACUCUUCAAGUCAGCUGCUUUGUGGCUUUGUACUUCGCCAAUUACGAUAAACUGCCCUGCAUUGGCAAGGUCCUGGCCGUCGAGGAGGACAAUUUUAAGGUGCAUUACUGGAAAGGCACUUACUGUGGAAAGUGGACUCCUCAGCAUGUUCCCCGACAAAAAUCCAGACCAUGGGUGGAGAUCCUUCCUAAGAGCUGUAUAGUGUGCAGUUCAUUUGAGCUUACGGAAGACAACAAGCUAAUGCCAUCAACAAGAAAAUUUCUCAAGGAAAGAUAUGUUGCUUUGAGGACAAUUCAAUCUUGAGUUUUUUCCUUUACGCCAUUCCUUUCUGAAAUUGGGCUUAGUUAUUUGUGUAAAAUUACAUAGAGUGUCGUGACACAUGCGUAGUAACGUUGCUUUAGAACACGCAUGUACUGGAAUUGCGGUUUAAUGACUUGUGUGUUGCUCAGUGGCCUCUGCCUAUGUGGAGUUUACAAUUAAUUCUCUAUAAGUUACAGAGUCGAGUUAAGUUCAAAGCUAGGUAUUCUUUUUGCUUUGACACUGUUCAGCAAGAUGUGGUAAAUGAAUCCACCUACAUCGAUGAAGUCUUUUAUCGAUCGAGUCGUAUCCAGUUGCCACUCUGUGAGGAAAAUAUAUUUAUUUAUGGAUGUUUAUUUAGCAAUCGAUUUCAACCCGAGUCUCUCAUCUCGAGGCCGUAGGUAGGACAUAUAUAUAGAUAUAUAAGAAACCAAAAUUUUUUUCCCUUGAUGUCGAAUUUUCUAAGCCACCGUGUAUUGAAACUACUGAAAUGUAGCAUGGAUUUAUUGUAACUUAACUCUCCAUCCAUAAGGCCUCAAGGGCUUUCAUUACAGGGUAGGGUAAAUGCAAGAUAAAAAUAAGAAAUUUUUUAUUAGUUGUAAUUUUUACAUAUGUUUUUGAGAUGGUUCAAAGGAAUGGCAGU